AUGGCAAAUUUAAAUAAAUUUCUUGAAAAAUUAAAUUUAUCAUUUAAAAUGUCAACGAUACAUACAAAUAAUACUCUUAUCGGUUCAUUACUAAAAUGUGCUGAUUUCUAUACAGUGACAUUUGCUGUUUUUAUAUGUAUAAUCACUGUAACUAUGAUAAUUGCAACACUCGUUGGUAAUGCAUUAGUGAUUAUUGCUGUAUUGAUAGUGCGAAAAUUGAAACAACCAUGCAAUUUAUUGCUUGUUUCAUUAGCUGUAUCAGAUUUUUGUGUUGGUCUUAUUGUUAUGCCGAUAGCAGUAAUUGAUAUAUUUUAUGAAAAUUGGAUUUUGGGUGAAAUUAUUUGUCGACUGUGGACAUCAGCAGAUUUAACUUUAUGCACAGCAUCAAUAAUUAAUUUAUGCAUGAUAAGUGUUGAUCGUUAUUGCGCCGUAAGUCGGCCUUUGCGGUAUGCUACUCAGCGAACAACUCGCCGAAUUUUAUCUUAUAUAGCAAUCGUUUGGAUCGUUGCAUUGAUCGUUAGUAUAUCGCCAAUUGUUAUAUGGCCAGCCAAACAUAUUGAAGGCACUUGUCAGGUGAAUCAAAAUCCCGUUUAUCAAAUAUAUGCAACAAUAAUUGCUUUUUAUGCUCCUACCUUAAUAAUGAUUAUUUUGUAUGCAAAAAUGUGGUUGGCAGCAAAACGUUUGACUGAUCAGGAUCGCAAUUUCAUAAAAGCCAUGCCAAAUACAGCUAAUGGAAAGAAGCCAAAGAAGAAACAACGACCAUUAAAUCUGCUUCAAAAAAUUCGAUUUGUAAAUAAUGUGUGGACGCCGGAGAAAACUGAAGGAAAAGCACGGAAAACCUUAGGCGUUAUUAUGAGUGUCUUCAUAUUUUGCUGGGUUCCUUUCUUUCUAAUAGCACUAUUUAAACCUCAUGGUUUGUCACCACCUGGUUGGCUCGACACGUUAACACUUUGGCUUGGUUACUCUAACAGCCUGUUAAAUCCAUUGAUCUAUUGUAAAUAUAAUAAAGAUUUUCGAAUACCAUUUCGAGAAAUGCUUUGCUGUAGAUUUCGGACACUUCACUCGGUUAUGAGGAAAGAAAGUUUUAAAAGCAAAUAUGGACCUGUGAGGUACUUUUAA